UGAAUAGAAAAAAACAAAACCCUUUCAUAAAAAGGAUAUUCUGACACCCACACAUGUACAUCCGCACACUCGCAGACAUUUGCUGAAAGCUCUCUGAAAGUUCUUUUGUAGAUCCCAACAAUGUGUCCCUUGUUCGCAGCUUAUUUAUUCCACUUCCAUGUAAUUUUGAGUAGGACAAGCUAGUGAAAAUGCUGAGGAAAAGAGGCACCAGAAUGAUGGGAAGCCCUAUGCUGUCUGGAGGAUGUGUCAUUCUGGAAAUAUGUCCAUUAGCUGCAUUUAAAUCAUGCAAGCCUACAGAUUUCAGCAGUCUUGCAGAUGUUUGUUAUUAUGCAAUGCAUCACGUGUCUCUCUCUCUCGCUGUAGUUCCAGGCAGAUUUUGACAUGUUUAUUCCUCUCCAACUGCUCUACUGUGGUUUCUCUCUGACGUGUCAUCUGCUGGCAGGUGUUCAGAAAUGUGCUGUAUGUGCUUCUGAAUUACACAGCCUGGAUCACUGUGCAGCGAGGACCAAGGAACGGGGCACAAACAUGAAAGAGGGAAGUGUUGUUUCUCCCAUGUGGAAAGUGUUGCUGGUGGGGAUGUGCGUGCUGCUGCUCCUGAGCACGGCAGGUUUAGUGUUUCUGCUGUUUCGGCAGAAAGAGUUGGCAGACGAGCUGUUUAGGCUGGAGUCCCAGAUGCAGGAGCUGACAGAGAGCUGCAGGUUGCGGGCGGGAAUCCUGCCCAUCGACCCCGGAGAGGCCCGAGAGUUCAGGAAGCUCCACCGCCGCAGGAGAAACCAGGAAGAAGAUCCAAUGCAAAGCGAAGAUCAGAAGGAUAUGCUGAUGCUCAUGACAUACUCUAUGGUUCCUGUCAAAGCCUUCACAGACAUGUGCAGGAGCUCCAAAGGAAUUUGUUUAACAGGCCCACCUGGACCCCCAGGUAAACCUGGUUCACCUGGACCCCCAGGUCCACCGGGGCCAGAGGGGAGACGAGGUAGAAAAGGUCUUCCUGGUCCACCUGGUCCACCCUGCUCCACCUCUUGUUCCAGUGACAUGAAAAACAAGAUUACUGAAGGAAGUAGUCGUCAAAUUUACGCAUGGAGAGAAUCACCGACACCACGUCCAGCUGAUAACACAACUAAUGUUUUGAAUGUUAGUGGCACAAAUAUAAAAUUAGAUUUUGGUUCUUUUUAUCCAAACCACAGCCAAGACGCCUUCAACAAUACCAAAGAAGAAAAUGUCACAGAGGUCCCAGCAGGCGAGAGGUCCCAAUCAUCAGCAGGCCUGCUGAGUGUAGCCUUAGGCAACAACAGCGACUCCUUCAGAAAUGUUACUGUUACUACAGUGGAAAGUGACUGGAUAUCACCUCACCCAGAUUACCAAAGUGACAACCUGACUGGAAUCGACCCAGAAAAUGUUACAGAAGCACCAAUGAAUUUAUUAGCAGUGUUACCAACACCAGGUGAGCCGCAUGAUGCUGGAAAAGCUCUCUCUGAUGAAACUUUAGACACAUAUUUGAAAGCUGAAUCACCAACAGCACAUCCAGCUGAAAACCUCAUAGAUGCUUUGAAUGUCUCUGACUCUGAGAAACUGGACAAUAAGACAGAAUCAGAAUCCCCAACAGAUGGUCCAGCUGCAAACACCAGAGGAGACACAAAACCAUUUAUGCACAACUUUAAUGAUACCAACACUGAAAAUGUUACAAAUGGACCAGUACAAUUAUUACCAGCUCCACCUGAUGCAGAUAUAAACAGUGACUCCUCUAAUGGCAGCGAGACCUUCAUUAAAGCAACUCUGAAAACUGAAUCACCAACAGCGUAUCCUCUUCAGAAAGCCACCACAGAUGCUUUGAAUGUCUCUGAAUCUGAGAAACAUCUGAGCAUGAAAGUGAAAACUGAACCGGUAACAUUUGAUGACGAUGAAAGCCAGGGGACCUUGAAUGACACAGAAACUAAAGGACCAGUAAUGCUGUUAACAGUAACACCAACUCCACAUCCAGCUGAAAACACCAGAGAUGCUUUUACUGUUCCUGGUUCUAAAAAGGAUGCAGAUAAAACAAUAGAACCUGAGCUAAAAGCAGCUGAUAAAGAUGUUGCCUUCAAUGUUGCUAUACGAAAUGCUACAGAGGCAUCGAUGACACGAUUUAUAGGUUCACUUUCUGAAGAACUGGAUAAAAACAGAGACACUUUCAAUAACAGUGGAAACGUCAAUGAUAAACCCAUGACAACUGAUUCUUCAAAUAAGCUCUGGUCUGAUAAUAAGAUCAGUGUGACCACCGGUGACAAAUCAACAGAAAGUGAGUGUAUUAUUAAAAACAUAAAAUGCUCAGAGAAGCCCACUGAAAUGGAAAGCACCUAUGGAGCCUGGAUGUCAGACGCGUCGCAGCUGGAUGAAGAUCAGUACUGGCUGGCCGAUCAUUUUUCAGGUCGACAUUUGUGGGAAUAUCAGGACCUUUCAACAUCGCAAAACACUAAAAACACUAUAGACACCAAGAGGUUCUACCAGGGGUGUGGCCAUGUUGUUUAUAAAGGAUCAUUUUACUACCACAACGGCGGGAAAAACAGACUUAUAAAAUUUGGUCUGAAAACGAAGAGAACGCAGAUUCUGACCAUGCCAGACACCAGAUAUCACAACCUGACUUAUCUUUUUCGAAACUCAAAGACAUACUUCAAGUUUGCUGUGGAUGAAAGUGGACUGUGGGUCAUCUUUGCCUCAAACGCAGAUGACAGCACACUGGUCGCAAAGCUCGAUGAUGACACAUUCUCUAUAGAGUCUGUCAUAAACACCACCUACCCGACAGCUAAAGCAGGAAAUGCUUUCAUUGUGUGUGGGGUGCUGUAUUUCACAGAUGACAAAGACAGAAGGGUGACAUAUGCCUAUGAUUUAAAGAAAGAGAGUCCUGUGGAUGCAGGUUUUGACAUAAGAUCAGGUAAUGGAAUCUUAGCUAUGCUGUCGUACUAUCCCAACAAAAAGAUUUUGUACGUGUGGGACAACAAAAGUGUGAAUACCUGCAGAGUUAAAUUCAAAAAGACCUAAAAAUAAAUAAUCAAACUCUAUGACAUCAUGCAGUUGGCUUCACAAGGCAUUGUAUGAUUUAGUUUUGUCACAAUAUACAGGUAAAUAAUUGUGCAAUUUUUUUUUUUGUGUGUGUCCCGUUUGGAUCUUUAGCCAUCAG